AUGAACAAAUAACACCAACAUCAACACCUACACAAAAAAGAAAAGAGACAAAAAGAAAAUCAAAUUUAUUCACACCUGGAAAAAAAGACGAAGAUAAAAAUAAAUCAGAUCGACUCGGUCACGGCCGCGCAAUACCAAUUAAACAGGGUUUCCUAUAUAAAAAAGGCACGAACAGUAUUAAUCGAGAUUGGAAAAAGAAAUAUGCUGUUUUAUUAGAUGACGGUCGAAUUAUUUAUCAUCCAUCAUUCCAUGAUUAUGAAAAUGAUUCUCAUGGCAAAGAAAUAAUUCUUCAACGUACAACAAUUAAAAUUCCUGGUUCUAAUAAACCUCGUGUUGCUUUACGUAGUUCAAGCAACGAUAAUAAAUUAAAUGAUGUUACAUCAACAGAUUCAAUAUCCACUACAGCAGGCAAAAUUGAAACACCAAAUGCAAAAAAACGUCAUCGUCGUCUACAACAAUCUAAUACACCUAAUUCAACAAAUAAUUCAACAACAUCAAAAUCAACAUCAAACACAAAUGGUGGUGAUGAUGAUGGAGAUGAAAAUGUUUUUAUUAUUGUAUCAUUGGAUAAACAAUGGUUUUUUGAAGCACAAUCAAAUGAAGAACGUGAUGAAUGGGUACAAGCUAUUGAACAACAAAUUUUAUUUAGUUUACAAAAUAUUGAAUCAUCAAAAGCAGCACGAGCCGGUAAAACUGGUGGAACAACUAUUGCUGAUUCAGCGUCAGUACAAGCUAUUAAACAUAUACCUGGAAAUGGUUUUUGUGCAGAUUGUGAUCAACUAAAUCCAACAUGGGCUUCAUUAAAUCUUGGUGCUUUAAUUUGUAUGGAUUGUGCAUCUUUACAUCGAAAUCUUGGAACACAUUUAUCACGUGUUCGAUCACUUGAAUUAGAUGAAUGGCCACCGGAACUUGUACAAGUAAUGCGUUCAAUUGGAAAUAAAUUAGCAAAUACAAUAUGGGAAGUAAAUAUAAAAAAUCGUGUUAAACCUCAACCAAAUGCUUCAUCAUCUGAACGUGAACGAUGGAUAAGAGAUAAAUAUGAGCAAAAACUAUUUGUUGCACCAUUACAUAUUUUACCUAAUCAAGCACGACAAACACUGAUUGAAUCUAUAACUAAAGAAGAUUUGUAUACUAUUAUACUUCUAUUAGCACAUAGAAAAGUAACAAUAGACGAGAUUAAUUCUUCAUUAUUACAUCUAGCUGCUAUGCAAGGAAAUGUUACCAUUCUACAACUUCUACUUUGGUUUGGUGCUGAUCCAUUUAUAACAGAUACGAAUGGUCGUACACCACUUCAAUGUGCAAAUGGUGAUUGUAUUCGAAUACUUCAAACAUUGACUAAUAAUCAAACUGAUUUUCAACAACAACAAUUAAAACAAACAAUAAUUUCUCCGCAACAAAGUACGCUAUCUCGUCAACAACGACCACCAGCGUCAUCUCCUGCACCACCCUAUGAUAAACUUCCAUCGACUGUUAUUUAA